AUGUUGGACUCCAAGAACCGCUUGAAAUCGGUGACGCGGAAUGAAGAGAAGUCGAAAAUCAGAUCCAAGAUACCGAAGAAGACUGAUACAAGAUUAUAUAAUAAAGAAGAAAUACUCAACAUAUUGAAGGACGAAGACAACACGUUUCCACAAAAACUUCUGAAAAUAUCCGCUAAUGGUCAAAUAGAUCUUUGUUUACAAGCAGUUUCGGAUUUGUCGAUGGAGUGUCCAGAUUUUGAAAUAAAUGAAAUAUUUCUAACUUAUAUAAAGAAAGAAUUCGGUGUCAUGAGUUUUUCAACUGUUUAUAUGUAUACCAAGAAAUGGAUGGAUUUUCUUUUGCAGAAUACUUCAGGAAUAAGAAAUCACUGUUUGCUACUGAAACAACUUAUAUGUUGUACAAAUUUGUUGCAAAAUAAACAACUCCAGUUAUUGCUUCAUAAAAUUCUUCCGCAAGUUUAUUGCCAUCUUUGCUUUGUAAAGCAAUAUUCCAUGGCUUCGAUUAUCGCUGAAAUAAUAUUCUACUCAAUCGCUCUUCUAGCCGCUUAUUCUGAUGAUUGUGAUCGAGAAGUUCUCCGGAAUGUCUGGGAUAAAUUAUUACAUGCAGAAAACGAAUCCAUGAGAUCGGCUCAUUUCAAUUUGUGCACUGUUUUGGUUAUGAGUUCACUGGGUUUCGAUUGUACGCAACAUAUGGAAUGUUUAGAAAAAUCUUUGAAGGAUCUUAAAGAAAAUGACGAUCUUUUAUUAAAUUCUCGAAAACAGUUUUUCGUGUUAUUGGAAACGAACUUGGGUAUACUUUUGUCACAUUGUCAAUCUAAUCAAAGUGAACUGCUGCUGAAUGUUUUGAUUACCUUUCAUCUGGAAAAUAAUGACUUGUAUUUGCUAAGUCGUUCAGUAUUUCGUCAUUCGAGAUUUAUCGAUAUCUGCGCUUCCAAAGUACUUCAGCCUUUUUUUCGGUGUUUAUUGUUGAAUUUAUCAGUGCUUAUAGAUGAAAAUUUUUCUCAGCAAAAAGGAAAUGUUGGAUUAUGGAUUAGAAAAAGUGUGAUGGAAAUCUUGUCAACAUCAAAUAAAAGCUAUGAAGAUAAAUUAAAAUCUUGGAAAAUGAUGAUGUCUACAUUCGUUCCGGCUUCACAUCAUAUAUUGUUGAUUGGUAAAAAAUUUCACCAAAUUGCGCAGUUAGUUUGUGGAAAAGGAUUUUCAUUAAAGACUUUACCAGUUCCACUGCGAGUGUCGUUGUUUUUUGUUUUGAUUUCGCUCAUUCCUUGUAUGUCAUCGGAAUUGUUUGAGACUGCAGUUGAAAGUACUCUAUCGAUAAUGAGGUCGGACUCGAAAUUAUUUCGAAGCUUAAUAAAUAGUUGUGAAGAAAAAAUAUUGAAAAAAUAUAUCAAAAUUUUACUUCGAUGUGGUUACUCGAAUAAUAACUCAAAGAGCACUCAAGUUCUAGUUAAAGAAUUCCUGCUUAGUAAUUGCCAUCAUGACACGCUUGUUCUCAAGUAUGAUGCUAUACUGAAAGCUGCAGCACAAAGAAGUUUAGUUGAAGAGCAGUAUUAUUUCUUGAAACCAUUGUGUAAUGCAAUUAGUGAAAUCCAUUACGAAGCAAAUGCAGAAGGAAAUAGGACAUUGCGAAUUAUGGUUGAAGAGGUUUUCCGACAUGUUUAUGGACUGCUUUGUCCUCUCGAUUGCAAAGAUGCAGUGAAAAUGACUCUUUUUGAGUUAUCUUUGUCAAUAUUACCUGUAGCGAAAGUUUUGCAAGAUAGUGAUACGACGAUAACUGCACAAGAGAUUGAAAAUAUAGCAGAGCAUGUUAAAACUGCUGAUCAACUAUGCAAAACUAUUUGUAAACAUCCAAACAGAAUGAUGGAGUCCGGAGUAAUAUCAGAGCAACUAUCACAGUUGUUGAGAAGAUCCAUUUUGUGGAUGGUAAAAAGGGGUAAGCUCGAGCAUAUCGUUUCCUGGAAAUAUUUUAGAUAUUUCGAACUAUAUGAUGAGGCCACCAUUAACGACAUUAUCAGUAUUGCGCCAGUGGAAAUGUUGAAAAACCUACUACACUCAUCUUCAUAUGAUCUUCAUUCAUCGAAGAAAUUUGCAUUAUAUUUUGCAUUGGCGAAGCAACAGAAUGAAGAAAAGAGAAAACUUUUGUCCACUGUACUCGAAGAUGUACUGAAAAUCGUAGUAAAUAUUGCUGAAAUAGACUAUCUAACAACUCUUAGUUUUCUACGACACAUGCUUCCGGUGUGCACUGGUAGCGCUUACGAGAGAGAUUUUGUAUCAUUCGCUUUAAUAAUUCUUGCAGUGAAUUGUAAAUCGUUAUCUUCAGAUUUUAUAGCGCUACGCAAUGCUGUUUCUCUCCUUCUAGACUGUCUGCGAUUUGGAGCCCAAUCUGUAAUUAAUGACCAGUGUUCGCUUUACAUUAACUUAUUUGUAUGUAUUGGACAAGCUAUGCGGAAAUAUGUAAAUGAUACGUCGGCAGUCGAUCCUCAGUUUAUUCGUCAUUUAUCUUACGGGUUUGCUAAAGUUGCUAACGAAAUGGUGAAAUACCAACGGUCAUUUUCCCGGAUAGCACCUUUCAUUAUUUCGGAAUGUCUGGAAGAUGCUGAAUACUUAUCAUUUGCUUUGUUUCGGAUUUUUUCAAUGUGUGAUAGUCACAGCGUCGCUCUCCUUGCCACUAAUCUACCACUUCUACAGAAGACUCGAUAUGCUCAUUUAAGUUUACAUUUCAAAAAAAUGAAAAUGGUUGUCUAG